AUGACAAAGCCCCAGUCACAGACACCAACAUCCCGUCCCACCUGGAGCAGAUGCUGGACAUUCUGACCCAGGAGGAGGCUGAGAGAGAGUCUGGUGAAACGGGGCCCUGCAUGGAGUACCUUCUGCACCAUAAGAUCCUGGAGACACUCUACACGUUGGGCAAAGCAGAUUGUCCUCCAGGGAUGAAGCAGCAAGUGCUUACCUUCUACACAAAGCUGCUCGCACACAUUCGUCAGCCCCUCCUGCCACACAUCAACGUCCACCGACCUGUACAGAAACUGAUCCGUCUGUGCGGGGAGGUUCUGGCUGCGCCGACAGAAAACGAGGAGAUCCAGUUCCUUUGCAUCGUCUGUGCCAAACUCAAGCAGGACCCGUACCUCGUCAACUUCUUCCUCGAGAACAAGUCGAAGAGGCCGGAGACCAAGAGUUGUACAGCGCCGGAGGAGGUGAAGGGAGGUGUUGUAGCUCCAGACACGGGACAGAAACCUGCAGGAAGCCAGGAGGAGCUACUAGCAGCAGCUGGUGCCUCCUCCAGUCCAGCCAGUAACAACAACAACACCAACAAUUACAAUUUAGUCACCUCCUUACUCAACCUCACCAAGAGUCCUGAUGGCAGGAUAGUGGUGAAGGCGUGUGAGGGCUUGAUGCUGCUGGUCAGUUUGCCAGAGCCGGCUGCUGCGAGGUGUUUGACUGAAAACACGGAGCUGUGUGAGCUUCUCACCAACAGGCUGGUCUCCUUUUACAAAGCCCUGCCUCAGUCCAUGGACCCCUUGGACAUCGAGACGGUGGAGUCUGUCAACUGGGGUCUGGAUGUGUACAACCUGAAGGAGGACGCGGCUGUCUUCACAGGGAAGAGAGCUCUCAUCUCCUUCCUGUCCUGGUUGGAUUACUGCGACCAGCUCAUCAAGGAGGCCCAGAAGUCUGCAGCUGCUGUGAUGGCGCGAGCCGUGAGGGAACGAUUCUUUGUUUCUGUGCUGGAGCCGCAGCUCAUGCAGACGUCUGAGGUGGGGAUCUUGACCUCCACCGCCCUGUUGAACCGGGUCAUAAAGCAGGUGACGUCAGAGGCGCUGCUGCAGGAGAUCGUUUACUUUCUGCUGGGAGAAGAGACGGAACCGGAAACUGCAGCCACGAUCUGCCAGAACCCUCUCAGGCACAGACUCAUCGAGCACUGCGACCAUCUAUCCGACGAGAUCAGCAUCAUGACUCUGCGGUUGUUCGAGCAGCUCGUCCAGAAGCCCCAGCAGCACAUCCUCCACAGCUUGGUGCUGCGAAGCCUGGAGGAGAGGAACUACAUGGAGAACAAGCCUCAGGAGGAGCGGGAGCCUCUGGAGAACGGGCAGCCUCACGACGCCGUAGACCUGGAAGAGGAUCCGUUGUUCGGAGACGACCUCUCCCCGAACAGCCGGUUGUCCGGCUCCGGUUGGCUCGGCUCCUCUCCGCCGCAAAGUCCGGAUCACUCGAAGUUCGAUGGGAAGAUGGAGGUCCACAAGAUCGUGAACAGCUUCCUGUGCUUGGUUCCCGAUGAGGCCAAGUCGUCGUACCAAGUGGAAGGCUCGGGCUACGACACCUACCUCAGAGACGCUCACAGACAGUUCAGGGACUUCUGUGGCGUCUGCCAGCGGUGGGACUGGAGGGGACAUCCCAAACCUUUAGAGAAGUGCAACUUGGACCUGCCGUUCUUCGAAGGUCACUUCCUCAAAGUUCUCUUCGACAGGAUGGGUCGCAUCUUGGAUCAGCCCUACGAAGUGAACCUGCAGGUGACUGCCGUGCUGUCCAAGCUGUCUUCGCUACCACACCCCCACCUACAUGAAUACUUGCUGGACCCGUACAUCAACCUGGCCCCCGGCUGCAGGUCUUUGUUCUCCGUCAUCGUCAGGGUGGUCGGAGAUCUCAUGCUGAGGAUUCACCGCAUCCCGGACUUCACAGCCAAACUGCUGCUCGUCAGGAAGAGGUUGUUGGGCCUGGAGCCAGAGGGCAUCACCAUCGACCACACGACGCUGCUGGAAGGCGUGAUCGUGCUGGAGGAGUUCUGCAAAGAGCUGGCAGCCAUCGCCUUCGUCAAGUUCCACGCAGCGUCCUCGUCCUCGCCGUGAUUCUGUCUUUGAGGACCGGUCAGGACGAACGGACCGGCGGCGCAGGGUUGGCGAACGUUACCACUUACUGGUCAGACUGUUAACGUCCACACCGACGGGUUUCAUCCCUCGGGGGGGGGGGGUCUUUGGAAAGGUUUUGAGCUCGGACACCUUCCAGCAGAGGACGAGGGUUGUCAUGGUGCCGAGAUGUUCACUGGACUCGUCAUGCAGUGUUCACUGCCCCCCCCCCCCCCCACGUGCGUGUGUGUGUGAGAAACAUGCGUGUAUUUAUUUUCUCCCUUUUACAUCCAUUUGUAAAAAAAGAAAACUCAUUGCCUUAAUGUGAAAAGCAUCUUUCAGUUACAGAAGUGUUUCCUUUUGAAACGUUUAAUCUUAAAGCCUUCAUGUCGCCUGUUUGGACCCCCCCCCCCCCCC